GGUGUGCGGGCCCACUUUCACUCCCUUGCACACGCACGCUUGUGCGCUCUCCACAUAACGAGCGCUGAACGAGCAGAACGAGGCCAGACCGGAGAGUCGAGAAGGAGCAUCCUCUAGCUCUCCGGCGAGACCGGGGGCUCGCCUCGCGGACAGACCAUGGAUCACCUCGGGAUGCUGGGGGCGCAUCUGCAGCAGCACGCGCACGUGGAGCCCAUUAGCUUUGGCAUCGAUCAGAUCCUCAGCACCGUGGAGCAGAGCUGCAUGCUGGGCGCCAGGAUCCAUGAACCGGACUACGGACACCCUCCGUACAACACUGGCGGCGGCGGCGGAGGGAACUAUGCGUGCGCAAACAGCGGAUACAACGGAAGCAGCGGCUCGUGCGGGGUCCCCUCCUUUGGAGGAGGCUAUCACAUGAACAUAAACGUUAACGGAACUAACAUGAACUCCUCCGGGGUCAUUCGCGUCCCCGCGCACCGGCCUCUGAGCGGCGGGAAUUCCGGCGCGCCGCCAAUGAACAACCUGAACGCGCUCACGUUCCCGUGGAUGGAGAGCAACCGGCGAUACACCAAGGACAGAUUCACUGUGUCCCUCUCACCCCUCACUGUAACACGCCGUAUAGGUCACCCCUACCAAAACCGAACUCCUCCUAAGAGAAAGAAGCCCCGGACGUCGUUCAGUCGGCUGCAGAUCUGCGAGCUGGAGAAGCGCUUCCACCGGCAGAAGUACCUGGCGUCCGCAGAGCGCGCGGCGCUGGCCAAGGCCCUGAAGAUGACCGACGCGCAGGUCAAGACCUGGUUCCAGAACAGGCGCACCAAGUGGAGGCGGCAGACCGCAGAGGAGCGAGAGGCAGAGCGGCAGCAGGCCAACAGGAUUCUGAUGCAGCUGCAGCAGGAGGCCUUCCAAAAAACCAUCAACCAGCCGGUGACUCCAGAUCCACUGUGCCUGCAAAACAGCUCUUUAUUUGCUCUGCAGAACCUCCAGCCGUGGACCGAGAGCACCACAAAAAUCAGCAGUGUGUCAGCCUGCGAGUAGAGCCCAGCAUGAGCACUGACGCUGACCGCCAUGCUGCCGCAGAGACUGUUCAGUGGCUCAGACGCUGGCAGGAAAAAAGGCUCCGGGACUCUCCAACGGUCAGAGCCGGAACAGCUGUCACUAUCAGCAUUUGCUGUCAGACUUCUGCUGAUGGGGCUUCUCAGCAUUUUUCUUAUUAAAUGGGGACCAGCAUCUAAAGAAGAUUCUCCUCCAGAUUCUGAAGGCGCCAAGACGAGCAGCUGCUGCUAUAUUGCUAUACUUUCCAGCAUUUAGUGAAGGCACAAAGACAGUUUUAAUAGUCAGAGAAGAGUCUUUCUCCUCCAACGUGUCACUGAAAUGCAGAAUAACAAAGCACUUGAUUCUUCUUCCAUCAAGAUAUGAUCAAAGUAACACACAGCAGUCUUAAGAAAAAACUCUACAUUUAACUCCAACAGAGUGUAAAUAGAAAGAAAGCAGCAUUAUUGAGUACAACUCAAGUCAAAUUAUGUUCUUAUCUUUUGUAAAACGUUUACAGCAGUUUUUCUCUGUCACCUGAACGAUAACCAGGAGCAAUAAAGCCGACGUUUGGACCACGCAGUGGCAGAUUUCCACUGUCAGCUGCCCCAUUGUGCUUGUGUGUGAGAGGCAGUGCUUUGAGCUGACAAAUGUGGAAAGAAGGUCAGGUGCUGGCGAGUCGAUACCACAACAUUUAAUAAAAAGACUGACACUCAGGCUGGAGUGAUUAAUGAGAGGGCUGCAGACAAUAAACAGUUCAGACUGUCUGUGAGUGUGCAUGGACCUUUUAUUCAUGCUAGGGAUGAGAUGCUUUCUUCUCAAUUCGGUUCAAACCUUGAUUUUUUGGUCACGGUUUAGUUUGGUUUGAUAUUUGAUUUGUGUAUUAAAAAAUAACAAACGCAAAAUAGGAAAAUCCUUGUUCCAAUGCACUAAUAUGAAGAGAAACCUUCCAGUUGACUUAUAAUAAGCCUGGUGUGAUGUAAUAAAACCAAAAUUAACGAAUCAUUCUGGAGCUUCGCACAACACAAAAGUUUGACUCUGCGACAUAAACACACAAGCAACGAUUCAACUUAGCGGCAUCACCAAUGUUCGGUUUGAAACCAAGAACCCUCAGAGAUGGCAGUUUUUUGAUGGUCAUAAAGUCAACAAGCAAAGCUUACUUCUUUAAUUUUUUUACACUGAUGAGAGAAAGGUCUGAAGACAACAUAAGGUUUAACACAAGUCUCAGUGGAUGACUGAGACAUGAUCUGGAUUGUUCACACAAAGGAGCAAAUUUGACAAAAACUCAAUAACACAAAUGCAAAAUGUAGUCCAACAUCCUGGCAUCUACACCUUCUCAUUCCGACUCUGCCUAAUGUAAGAGCAGAGGAAGAAGAAGAAAUACAGAUAUUCUUCUUCAUUAUACAAUAUUUGCAUGUUUUCUUGUUUUUUUUUUUUAAAGUGCACUGUUGAAAAAGACUUAUAACUUCAGAGACAGACAUCAGUGAAAUAUUUCUUUUGGAAAAAACAAAUCAAAGGGAAAUAUUUGAAACAUUUAGACUUGGAUUGCUCUCUGUUUACUCUUGAGAUUCUGUUUUGUUGAAAAGAAACAUCAAAUAAUUUUCUUUUUCUGGUUAUUUAUCAAUACACCUUUUCACCUUUUUUAGAUCAGUAGCAAACCUUUUUUUAUUUUGUAAAUGUCCUAUUAAUCAGAAGUUAUUAUGAUCUGUUGCUUGUAAAAUAAAUAGCU